UGAGUGAUAAUGAUGUUGUAUGUUAUAGUGGAAUGGCGGGGGAAGAUGAUGGAAUAUUAUUAUGUGUUAGUGAGAAAUGGUUGGUUUGGGAUGCGCGGUUGGUUGGCAGCUGCAUCAAGCUGCAGUAGUUACACUGACACGUUCUUCCUCUUAUUCUUUCACCGCAAACUGCAACUUUACUAUUACAAAUGGCGGAACCAGGCUGCGUAGCUUUUCUGUUGCUAAAAAUUCUUUUUCUUCUUCUCCUUCUCCUCCUCCUCCAGAACAACAACCACAACAACAAGUUGAAUGGAUUAAAAAUUCUGGAAUAAUAUCUUCAUGCUUGGUUGGUCUACUAACAGGCGUUGCUGUAGUGCUGUUCAACAAUGUUGUUCAUGAAAUUCGUGAUUUGUUGUGGGAUGGGAUCCCCAAUCGAGGCGCAUCAUGGUUGAGAGAAUCGCCUAUUAGAUGGAAAAGGGUAAUACUUGUUCCAGCAUUUGGAGGUGUUGUUGUCUCUCUUCUCAAACUCAUUUCCAACUCCAAUCCAUUCUUAAAGGCUAUUGCAGCUUCUGUUACUUUAGGAACUGGUAAUUCCUUAGGUCCUGAGGGUCCCAGCGUUGAUAUUGGAAAGUCCAUUGCCAAAUGGAUUGCAUCAACUCCUUUCUUCACUUCUUCCACAAUCAUUCCCCUUCUCGCUGCUGGUUCUGCUGCCGGCCUCUCUGCCGGUUUCAAUGCUGCCGUUGCUGGUUCUUUUUUUGCUGUAGAGUCUAUCUUGUGGCCAUCCAAUUCAAAUUCAUCUUUAUCACUUACCAAUACUACUUCCACCGUCAUUCUUAGUGCUGUCAUAGCUUCUGUUAUUUCUGAGAUUGGCCUUGGCUCUCAACCAGCCUUUAAAGUUCCAGACUAUGACUUUCGUUCUCCUGCUGAGCUCCCUCUGUAUUUAUUGCUGGGUAUUUUAUGUGGCCUGGUAUCAUUGACCCUAUCUUGGUGCACAUCAUAUAUGUUGACCAUAUUUGACAAUCUUCACAAGGCCACUGGCAUGCCAACGGCUUCAUUCCCCAUAUUGGGAGGUUUAUCAGUUGGAUUGAUAGCAUUGGUAUAUCCUGAAAUCCUCUACUGGGGUUUUGAGAAUGUGGACAUUUUGUUAGAAUCUCAGCCAUUUGUUAAAGGCCUCUCUACUGACCUAUUGCUUCAGCUAAUAGCUGCCAAGAUAGUUGCAACUUCUCUGUGUCGUGCUUCAGGAUUUGUGGGAGGCUAUUAUGCUCCAUCUCUCUUUAUUGGUGGUGCAACUGGGAUGGCUUAUGGAAAAUUAAUUGCUUUCACUGUUGCUCACUCCAAUUCUGUGAUUAACCUCUCUGUGUUGGAAGUGGCAUCACCACAAGCUUACGGCCUGUUCGUUUUGCAGGUUGGAAUGGCUGCGACUCUUGCAGGAGUUUGCCAAGUACCACUUACUGCAGUUCUGCUUCUGUUUGAAUUGACACAGGACUAUAGGAUUGUUCUACCACUACUUGGAGCAGUAGGCUUGUCUUCAUGGAUUUCAUCUGUACAGACAAAGAAAGGUGAUGAAAGGGAUAGAGAAAAGUUGAAGAUACAAAACUCAAAUUCUUCUUCACUUCCAGAAAUAUCUGCUUCAAUUGAGUCAUCUACUGGUAAUACCUUUGCUGAAGGUGUGUCAUAUUUGAAUAAUUUGUGUCAAGUGGAAAGUUCUCUUAGUAUAGAGGAUAAUAAUGAUGAAACUGCACACUAUGUAAGGAGAACAUUUGUUUCGGAAGCCAUGAAGACAAGAUAUGUGAUAGUUUCAAUGUGCACACAGCUUACGAAAGUAAUAGAUCUCAUGCUUGUAGAGAAACAGUCUUGUGCGGUAAUUGUUGAUACUGAUGAUACUUUGAUUGGUUUAUUGACACUAAGAGACAUUAAAAAGUAUGGAAAAUCUGCAAAAGUUGGAAGCCAAAAUCCAAAGGAAACUUUAGUUUCUGAAUUAUGCAUUUUAAAUGGUGGAAUAUGUACUGUACCAUGUACAGUUGCUCCUGAUAUGGAACUCCAUCAUGCUCAAAUGAUUAUGAAGGAACACGGAGUCAAUCAAGUUCCAGUUGUGAAGAAUAUCUAUGAAAGAACUUAUCCAGUUGGCCUAUUAGACCUGGAUAGUAUCAGUCUAACAUACAGUGCUUUGGCCACAAGACAGUCCCUCAACUGAUAUUCCACGCUAGCACUUGAUCCUCCCUGACUUCCUUUUGAUAAAUUUCUAUUAUCUGCCUUAAACACGAUGCCAUUUAGUUCUGUGGUUGGAUGGUGGAAAAGGUCAAAAUAUUGCUCAUAUGCCACCGAUGGAGACUGAUUGUAAUGAUAAAGUAAAUUUGUUCUGUAUUUAUUUCACAUUGGUUUGUAACUCUUGGUAAUACGACUUUUGAAUUUGUAAAUACUAAUAUAAAUUUUGUAAAUUUGCUUCA